CCCAAACUCACCGCUCCUCUGAAAAACUGAAAACGCGACUGCCCGAAAGCUUCCCUUAUCCGAAAACUCACCGCAUCCAUCCUUUCCCUUCCUUUCAAUCACAGAAUUUGGUCCCUGGAAAGAAAACCUUCGCUCCGAAAAUGUUGCCCGCUGCAAUUCAAUCCGUCGCCAAUGGCGCUUCCCCAUUCUCCUGUUCCCUCCUUCCUCAGACUCCCACAACGACUGCAUUCAAAUCCACGACCCUAGCCCUCCCAAAACCUUCUCCAAAACGACAUUUGUCCUCCGCUCUCCAUCGAAAGCGGUUCUCCGCAUUCGCUGCGCCCGAAGCGGUGGCAGCUCCGCCAGAAGAGGACGAGAAGGAAGUAGCAGUUGCGCAAUCGUUUGACGAAAUAAAUGAGGUGGUGGUGAACCAAGCGACGAAGCCUCGAUUGGUGCUGAAGUUCAUAUGGAUGGAGAAGAACAUUGGGUUGGGGCUGGAUCAAGUCAUUCCUGGACAUGGCACGGUUCCACUGAGCCCUUACUUCUUCUGGCCUAGGAAAGAUGCUUGGGAAGAGCUGAAGACGACUUUGGAAAGCAAGCCCUGGAUUUCCCAGAAGAAGAUGAUUAUACUUCUCAACCAGGCUACGGAUAUCAUCAACUUGUGGCAACAGAGUGGUGGCAAUCUCACUGCUUGACAUUCCAGACCUCCUCCUCCUCCUGGUUAGUAGCCAAAAUCUGUGGGGGUGGACUUUUGUAAUUCGUUAUUGUUGUCUGUAGAUUGUAAUAGAGAUUGGUUUAGUAAUGCCAGUGGUGGCCUGGUUGCUCUUUGCACUUUUGUUUGGGGUCUGAAAGCUGUUCCAGUUUCCUGUGUAACUGAUGCAAUGUCCUGAUGGCUGAACUGCCAUGGUUUUGGUAAUUGUGAAGUGUUCAGUCAGGAUGCAUUCAUUGUUGCAAGAAACCCGACUUGUGAACAGGUUACGAACAAGAGUGCAGGAUUGAUUGAGCUAUAGCCAUUGAAGUAGUUGCUGCAGAUUUUUCACCAACCAGACAAAUGCUUGUAGAGGCAACUAUCCCAUACAAACGGUAUAUGUGAAUAAGAAUAACUGCAUACAGCAAGCGACAGGGUUUUUCCAUGCUGGAUUUAAAGACCUGAUGUGGUCUUCAGAACAUUUCCCCUUGCAGCAAGGCGAUCUAGUUAUGGCGAAGGGGUUUCAUAGUUUCUUCAAAGGUUAGGUAUCCUUACAUACGAAGUACAUAUGCGACACUGUAAACCAGUUAUGAAACUGACGGGGUUAGCACUUAGCAGUUCAAGGUGUAGCUAGAAGAACGUUAUGAUACCG